ACUGUCUUAGAAGGUCUUGGCAAUGCUUAUAAGCGUCGGUGCGGGACUUAUCCGGUGUCUCUUUUCCCUAACCGACAGUCUUCAGUACGCUCUCCAACAACGUUGCCUUGAAGAUAUCUUGGAAAUGGACACCCCGGACCAUGCACACUUCGCCGCGAUCCCGUGGUGUGCGCGCCAUCUCCAAGGCGAGCGCGUCGUCGUCUAUGUCCCGACGAAUAGAACCCGGAAGCCGUCGGGAGAAGACAAUUUAUUCGCGGAUACGCUGAAUUCGAAGCAAAGCAUUUCCCACACACUCCAGAUCCACGAGAAGCCCUUAUCGCCGACGGGUCGGAUUGAUGAGACCAAGACAUUCCUCGCGCUGGGAAGCGGACUGAACGGGUACCCUGAUGUCUGCCAUGGGGGACUGACGAUGGCGAUCCUGGACGAGCUCAUGGGCCAAAUCAUGCCCCUGAAUCAGCAACGCGGGGCGAUCCCGCGGGGCAUGUAUAUGACGGCGUACCUGAAUGCGCGCUUCCUGAAGCCUGUGUCUACGCCUGCGGUUAUUCUCGCGCGGGCGUGGAUUGCGAAAGUCAAGGGAAGGAAGUUCUUUUUGGAAGCGACUGUUGAGGAUGAGCAGGGUGUCAUCCUCGCGAGGGCGGAGAGUCUGUUCGUUCAGCUCAAGAGCUCGUUAUGAUGAUGCGCCCGGUUAGAUGGUCUCGUGCAUUCUCAUCGAUGGCAGGCAAUCUAUGCGACGCGUUGGUUGUUCCACGAGGUUUGGCAUUGAAACUGCUCGAGCUCAUAGCCAUACCUGUCAACCCGUCAUUCUCGCUUGAAGCACCUACGUUGGACUAGAAGAAACUAUGUCAAGAGUGGCAUGCCAUCUGCGACUGGAUAUAAUAGACAUCGACCCAUCCAUCUAGCAAUAUGGCAUCGACUCCCAUCAGGCAUCCCAGCUUUCGAUCUCAUAGCAGCAGAUACACUGAGUCUAGCGGACAGCAGCUUUAUCAUGAAUGAUGAGCUGGAUGAGGGAUCGGGAUGAACUGGAUGUAUCUACAUCCACCUACCUAGGUACUCUAGGCCGUUGACUGCACACACACUUAAACUAUACCUGCUUAUGUUUCCUUUUACGAAAUACCCAAGGGUAUAUACCCGAGAAUAUAGAUUCAAAUAGAAGAUAUAGACUGGAACACCAAUACGUUUGCAAUUGGUCUCUUAGCAUUCCUAAAUCCAGUCCAACAGCCUGACCCGAAGUCCAGGCGCUUGGUGCUUUGCGUGCCGUUAGGCUCGAGUUACAUGUACAGUAGCAUCGGCCGCCGCAGGGACCUUUGGUCUCA